AUGGCAGGACAGGCGUUUAGAAAAUCUCUCUCACUCUUUGACCGAGUAUUGGUUGAAAGGAGUGCUGCUGAAACUGUCACCAAAGGAGGCAUUAUGCUUCCAGAAAGAUCUCAAGGAAAAGCAUUGCAAGCAACAGGAGUCGCUGUUGGAUCGGGUUCUAAAGGAAAGGGUGGAGAGAUUGAACCAGUCAGCGUGAAAGUUGGAGAUAAAGUUCUUCUCCCAGAAUAUGGAGGCACCAAAGUAGUUCUAGAUGACAAGGAUUAUUUCCUAUUUAGAGAUGGUGACAUUCUUGGAAAGUACGUAGACUGAAAUAAGUCACUAUUGAAAUGGCAUCAAUGUGAAGCUGCCCAUUCCACUGAAGUUCUGAAAUCUUUCAUCAUGUAAAUAAUUUCCAUAUCU